AUGGCGGCGGGUCGGUCGCUGGUGGUGCCUGAGCAGCCUCCCAGCAGGGAGAAACCCUUCAAAUGCUUGGAAUGUGGGAAGAGCUUCAGUCACAGCUCCGACCUGACCCGACACCAGCACAUCCACACUGGGGAACGGCCCUACAUGUGUAGGGAAUGUGGGAAGAGCUUCAGUCAGAGUUCCGACCUGCUCCGACACCUGCACAUCCACACUGGGGCACGGUCCUACUCAUGUGGGGAAUGUGAGAAGAGCUUCAGGGACAGCUCCAGCUUGAUCCGACACCAAAUGAUCCACACUGGAGAACGGCCCUACACAUGUGGCAAAUGUGGGAAGAGCUUCAGGGACAGCUCCAACCUGAUCCGACAUCAGCGCAUCCACACUGGGGAACGGCCCUACAAGUGUAGGGAAUGUGGGAAGAGCUUCAGGUACAGCUCCCACCUGAUCCGACACCAGCUCAUCCACACUGGGGAAUGUCCCUACACCAGGGAUCGGCCCUACACGUGUGGGGAAUGUGGGAAGAGGUUUCAGACCAGCUCCAAUCUCUUCCAGCACCAGCGGACACACACGGAUGAGAGGCCCUUCCGCUGCACCGACUGUGGGAAGGGCUUCAACCGGAACUCCAACCUCAUCACCCACCAGCGCAUCCACACCGGAGAGAGACCCUACAAGUGUGGGGAGUGUGGGAAGAGUUUCAACAAGAGCUCUGGCUUGACCAGACACCAACGGACCCACCAGUAAGGGAAGCCCUGCCAGUGCCCCGACUGCAGGAAGAGCUUUGGCUGCUCCUUCCACCUCAAAUGAACCCCCUGAUGUUGAGGCAACCCCUGGAGUCCAGUGACUGUCACUCCAUCCCUUUCAACCACAAAGGACCAGUCCCCUUUCCCAGGGGCAGCUUCUUCCAACAGAACCCUUCCUGGUGGGGUGUGUUCAGGUUUCUGCCUUGGGUGGGGACGCCCCCAAGGUCACUGCUGGAGGUUGAGAGCAGAGAUCUCCCCCCUGAGCGUUGG